AUGAUUCCACACUCUAAACCUUUCAAUCCACCCAAGUCGCUACAGUAUGUCGAGGAUGUCCUGAACACCGGGAAACUGGCUCAAGGGCUGUACACCCAGAAAUGCGAAGAAUGGCUGCAGGAGAUGAUGCCAACCGGCAAAGCUUUCCUGGUGACGUCUGGAACGACAGCCCUCGAGAUGGCCGCCAUGAUAUUCGAUAUCCAACCGGGCGACGAAGUUAUCUUCCCCAGCUACACGUUCGUCUCUACCGUCAACGCCUUUGUGGCCAGGGGUGCCAAGCCCGUCUUCGUCGAUAUCGAAAAGGACACAAUGAACCUUGACGUGAAACUCGUCGAGGGCGCAAUCAGCACGAAAACGCGGGCUAUCGUCCCCGUCCACUACGCAGGUAUCUCUUGCGAUAUGGACGGAUUGAUGGAAAUCGCUUCCCGCCACAAUCUUGUGGUUAUUGAAGACGCGGCGCAAAGUCUCACUUCCAAGUACCGCGGUGCAUACUCCGGCACCAUCGGCCACAUCGGCUGCGUCAGCUUCCAUGAGACGAAGAAUCUCACAUCCGGAGGCCAGGGAGGGGCCAUCUUGGUCAACCGAGAUGAGCUGGUCGACAGAGCCGAAGUGGUUUACGACAACGGCACGAACAGAGUCCAGUUCCUUCGUGGGAGGCUGCCAAUGUACGAGUGGCAGGACGUUGGAUCCAACCACAUCAUGUCCGAGGUCCUUGCUGCCCUUUUGUGGUCCCAUCUUGAGAUGACGCAAGUUAUCCAGCAGGUAAGGCUCGGAAUCUGGAACAAAUACCAAACCUCUCUCCAGCCGCUAUCCGACUCUCAUGGGUGGUUCGACUUGCCCAAGAUACCACAAGACCGUGAGCAUAACGGCCACAUCUUUUACCUCAAGUUGCGGGAUCCCUCACGCCGUUUGAAAAUCAUGCAGUUCAUGAGGAAGAACGGAGUAUCGGUCACUACCCACUACUCUCCACUACACGUGUCUUCGAUCGGGAGAAGAAUCGGGAGGUUCGUUGGGAAAGAUGUAAACACGUCACUCUCAAGCCUCCAGCUUGUGCGCCUACCCAUCUACUUUGAGCUGAGCGAAGAGGAUCAAGACAAGGUGAUCUCCCUGGUUCGAGCAUUUUUCGAGAAUGGAGAAGAAGCCCGGCUAUGA